GCCACGUUCAAUCAUGAAUAUCACAGGUCGUCGAUCAUUUUCAAAGUCCGAAAAGCCGACGCGUCUGCUGCUAUGUUCUCAAAGGGCAGACUGUUCGCUCUCACCUUUAUCUUUCCUGCUGUCUUGGAACAUUCCGUGUUUGAUUCCACUCGUCUCACACUGAUUCUAUGUCCUCGAUACGUUCUUCCCAGCGCACUAUAUCGAAGUUCGUCACGGAGAUCCGACGAUUUUGAGCAACGACGACAUCCCCGACCCGUUCUCAUCGUAGCAUAGCUACAUCGUCUGGGCCGACCGUAUAUCAAGACGUUUGCGCUUCAAUUUUUCAUGUCGUGUGCUCCUGAUGGAUUCCUCGGAUUGUCCAUGCGCUCUGGUGGAGUAAUAUGAAGAGUGUGAGACUAGCAUGCGGCUGGAGGGAUUAGUGUGCGGGAUUUUUGCGGGAUCCCUUCGAUGGACAAGGAAUUGUCGACCAAAGCCAUGAAAUAACCUUGAGUGUAGUUUGUCGCGUCUAGUCUUUGUUUCAGAAAACAUAUUUACUCGGUCCAAGACAACAGUAGUCGGGCUUCCAUCAAUGCGUCAAGCACGUGACCGUUCCAUGCUUUGAAUGCUUCCUGGUCCACCUCGCCACGCAAUUGCGCGAUGGCCCACGAAGAUAUUAUACGCCGAUAAAAAACUCAUAGUACUCAACAAAGCACCCGGCCUGGUUGCCCAAUUGGAGAGCUCCAGGGGUUGCGACCUUGCAGGUGUCCUCAAUGCUGUGAAACGCGACUUGAACCUCGCGAAUACACCGUUCCCUGUGCACCGUCUCGACAAGGGUACGACGGGCUGUCUCUUACUCGGUACUUCGAGUGCCGCGGCGCGGGAUCUUUUGACGCAGUUCCGCCGGCGGCUCGUAGACAAAACGUAUCUCGCGCUCGUACGCGGCGGGAGCAGGAGUUUUCCUGGGACCAGAGGAGAGAUCAGUGCACCUCUUGUGUCCGAGGACGGCCGGAUGCGCUUGGGAUCGCAAGGCUCUGGUGAGCGGGAGUCGCGCACUGAGUGGGAGGUGGUCGCUUCAUCACCGCGACUGCCUCUCACUCUUCUUCGUCUCCAGCUUCACACUGGCCAUAAACAUCAGCUGCGGGUCCAUCUGGCUCAUGCUCUGAAAGCCCCCAUCUUGGGAGACACAUUGUACUCUCAGAGUCCACCUACCCAAGAGAUACAAUCAAGUGUAAUGGGGGAUUUGCAAGACUCUCGCAUUCUCUUGCAUGCGUCGCGCAUAUCACUUUUCAGAUACAGCCCGCGUCGCUUGAAAAUUCAAGUCGUCGCACCUCUUCCCGACGACUUUGUCCGGAUAUGCUCCCAAAUUGAAAUCCCGCUGGAUGCCGUGGACCGCACCGGGGGACUGUUCAUCAGUUCGUCGAGCGAAGAACAGGACUUCACAGGCGUCCAAGAGGUACCCGCCCUCGAGGGCCGCUGGUUCCCCCAAGACGGUCAAUAAUACAAAUGGCUGAUCUACAACAAAGUCCCGAAUAACUUAUGCGGUGGAGUGGGAUUUGGAGGCUGUCGCUUCCUGUUGCGUCUUGAUCCAACUGCCCAAACCGACUGCGAUCGCACCCACGGCAUGGGCCGUCGACGACGCCAAGAUUGCGCCUCCAGCUCCAGCGGUGAUAACGGGCAGCGA